CAAGAUAUUCGCAUUUGAUAAGUUCGUGAUUUAUAAUGAAUAAGCCGUUCCGGAAACUGUACUGCUCUUAGCUGAUUGCAACUUUGCGAUCCCCCUUCACCCGCAUGUCUCAUGCAUACGCUCCAUGAUGACCAAGUGGUGACAGAAUUGCGAAUGUGAUACUAUAUCGCUCGAGAUAGGUAUUAUAGAAAGCUGUGCUCCGACUUGUCCGUUCGGUGUUAUUACUUGGUAUACUUGGUGUUGAUCUCCUUCCCAUAUCCAGUUAGACAGUCCGAGUCAACUCAGACUCGACAGGAGCUCUCUCGCACCGGCAGGACAUCGACGCCCGCCUAAACGAGCUCGUCAACGCCCUCCGCGCCCACCCGCAGAUGCAGCCGCCCGACCCGCACCCAACGCUGUACCACAUCUGGGACUUUGUCAUGCGCACAAAGUACAUACUCUCAGAGCUCGACAACAUUGAGGCCGGCCGCCCCGUGCAGUACCCGGCCCAGAUAGCGGGCUACAAGAAGCCUGAUGUCGAGGAAAUGGACAACCCACGCUUUGCCAAAGAACUCUGGGAAGACGUCAUGGGCCGGUCCGUGGUCAUUGAGCGGAUGAUGGGCGACGAGGACCGGACGGCCAUGGCCGUCAUGGGCGGCCUGCCGGACAUGGACUUUGGCGAGGAGCUCAAGCGCAAGGCAAAGGCCGUGGUCGACGCAUUUGGCGCGGCCGGUAGUUCUUAA